CCCGAGCCCGCCGCAGCGCUGCCUGGUGGUGGGGUGGGGGUCUCCAGAGGACUUCUAAGGAUUAAAAAUGACAUCUCCACACUUUGGCAACUAAAAUGUUAUGACAGUGGAUUUGCUCUCUGAGAGAGGAAGCCUUAAAAGUCCCCCAUCGUCCUGGGGCCCUGUCCGUCCAUCAUGCGCACCCAGUUCCAGGCCAUCUGCACUCCCGAGCUCAUUGCACCAGAGAAACGUCACGCACAGGGUGGCCAUGCAGGCCUUUAUUCCUCAGUGACACCCUCAUUCCGAAGGUUUGUAAGAGGCGCCCCGUUGCUCCCCGUUCUUUCCUGUCUCCACCAAUUUCUUUGCCCGAUGGAAGUGAGAGGGUUUUACUACAAAACUUUCCACUGUAUUCCAGCACUAGAGUCCUACUUCGUGAGCUCCCUCGAAGGCCAUGCACGUCCCAAGGCCCAGCCACCUUCACAGAUGCCACAGAUGAGCACGGGGCGGGCGUGUGGCCUAGAGAGCCCAGCCUUAGCGCCAUGCACGGCACACUCUCCACACCCAUCAGUGAGCAGCAGAAUGAAUGUAGUGGGUCAACUGGCACUUCUAGAAAGUGAAAUAGUGGAGAAAACAGAGUUCAUCUCACUGAGCAAGGGAGACCCUGUGCGGGGAAACCUCUGCUACUUUACGGCUGCGGGUGCGUGUCCUCUAUCAGAGUAGAAGCUGUGGCUGCCGCUGUGCGUCGUCAUGGUCAAGAGUAUAAGGAUAGUGCUGUCGGGAUGAGAAAGGGGAGCUCUGAGAAGGUUAGGGGGACACCACGACGCGUGCAGGUGGGUGAGUGGUGGGUUGCGGCUCAGGUCUGCCUCUCCCGGGUCGAGCGUCCGCUGCCUUCGGAUACCGGUUCUUGUUUUCAGAGUUACGUAAACAAGCUCUGGGUGUCUGUGGCCAAGCCACGCACCAGCCUGUUCCCGGAGAGAAGGGAAGCCUGCUACUCCAGGGAGGGCACGUCAGGGUUUACUGCCGGGUGCUCCCAACAUCACGACUGCAUUAAGGAGCAGCUUUGCCAGGACUGCCUCCCCGAGGCUUCUCCUGGCCGGGAUCCCAGAAACUUUGCUCAUUCAGGGUUUCUGUGCAUCACAGGGCAGCUGGGGUCGUCUGAGCUACAGGCCGUACAGACAGGAGCUGGAAUCUGGUCUCUGCACCUUGCCGGCUUUAGACAGCCAUCACCAUUCAGUCCUUGCUCUGGGCUGGACACUUAACACACAAGUUCCCAGCAAGCCCUGCCCACACACAGCCUGCCUUGGGCCCCUGCCUUCCAAUCUUUCAUCCCAGUGCCAAGUGGGGGUGCCCGCGCUCAGGGAGUGCCAGCCUCCCCCUUCCUUCCAGGUUGCAUUUUCAGCCACAUCCUGCCCUGUAUUGGGUCCAGCUGGUCACAGAUAAGGGAGGGCAGGCCACCCGUAGGCAAGCCUCGGAGCAGGGCCUCGACCAGCUCACCGGCUCCCCGGAUCCCCCAGGGCAGGGUCCGUGUCUCCAGGCUGACAGACCAGAAAGGGAGACCGAGCUCAUAAGAGUUCGUCUUCUCCCGUCUGCCAGUCCUUGAAGCGCCUGCGCCCUCCCUCCUCAGGCAGGCCCAGGAGUGAUGUUCCCUCUGAGCUCCUGUUCCCAGACAGAGCCAGGCCUGGGUGUGGCACAGCCUGGUGGCCAAGUGCACGGCUCCUCUCAUAGUGAGGCCCAGGAGACAGCACCUGGGACCCCGCCACGUCUCAGGGCUGCUCCCAGUGCGUCUUUCCUCUGCUUCCUUGUGGAAAACCAGUGCUUUCCCAAUGGCAAGGACUAGAAAACCGCUCAGGUCUUCCGUUAGGGUCUUUCCAGGGGGCAUCUCUCCUCCACCGGUCUUUGCCAAAUUCUCUGAAGUUCACGGCUCCUAAGUGCUGCCUGUGAGAGACAUGCUUGCAAAACUUGCAAAAAGUGGUCUCUCUCUGAGAACCGGCGCUUACUGCUCCCGACAUAAGCCAACUGAUUUUUGCGUCGUACAUAACUAUAAUCGUGAUUCUGCCUCCUUCAAGUUCUGAGGCUCUGGCUGCAUAGCCUCUGGUGAUGUUCCCUCCGAGAGCCGGGGGUGAUUGGGGGAGGGCAGAGUCUGGAUUCAAAUGCAUCCCUGGCCCCUCUCAAGAAUGUUCUAGAACUCACAAGACAGUACACGUAUGGAAGACAAUACAUGUAUGAGCGCUUCGAAUUUCUCAUUCCUCAAACAAUGGCUGGCGGCCAAGCGGGGGCUCCCCCAGCAGGCGGGGCCUGGGAGUGACGCCCACUGUGUCCCGCCUUGCAGUAGUAGUGGACGUCAGCUCAGCGAGGUGUUCAUCCAGCUGCCCUCCCGCAAGGAGCUGCCCGAGUAUUACGAGCUCAUCCGCAAGCCUGUGGACUUCAAGAAGAUAAAGGAGCGCAUCCGCAACCACAAGUACCGCAGCCUCAAUGACCUGGAGAAGGACGUCAUGCUGCUGUGCCAGAACGCUCAGACCUUCAACCUGGAGGGCUCCCUGAUCUAUGAAGACUCCAUCGUCCUGCAGUCAGUUUUCACCAGCGUGCGGCAGAAAAUAGAGAAAGAAGAUGACAGUGAGGGCGAGGAGAGCGAGGAAGAAGAGGAGGGCGAGGAGGAAGGCUCUGAGUCUGAGUCCCGCUCGGUCAAAGUGAAGAUCAAGCUGGGCCGGAAGGAGAAGGCACAGGAUCGGCUGAAGGGGGGCCGGCGGCGGCCGAGCCGCGGUUCGCGGGCCAAGCCGGUGGUCAGCGAUGAUGAUAGUGAAGAGGAGCAGGAGGAGGACCGCUCAGGAAGUGGCAGCGAGGAAGACUGAGUCCCAACAUUCCAGAGUCUCGACCCCGGGCCCCUGGUUCCAGAGCCGAGGCGGCGUAGCCCUUAGCAGUAACGGGUAGCAGCAGAUGUAGUUUCAGCCUGGGGGUAAAAACUGUAUAAACGAAAAGCUUCCAUAUUUAUACAGCAGAGGAGAUGUAGGACUGUUUGUGUCUGGCCCUGUCCUGGCGUCAGUAGCGUUUGUAACAGCAUUAACUGUUGAAAACAAGAAUUAGGACUCGGGGAACACGCGACACCCGGUUGUCUCCUUUCCCGGCAGUACCGUUGCGGCCGCAGUUGGGAGUCACUGUAGUUUCAGCCGUGGGUGCACGCGUGUAGCCGUCCACCCCUCGUACUGUAUUCUGCGGGACAGGUCAGACCCGCUGGGGCCGGGGGCCACAGGCCCGGCGGGGGUAUGUCAGUGUCACUGGAUGUCAAACAGUAAUAAAUUAAACAGACCACAAAGCUCA